AUGGACGGAGAUUACUAUUCAUCUGGAAUGAAGCGAGGCCCUGAUGACAUGAUGCAAGUCAGUGAUACUGGAGACUCCAAUGAUGCCAAGAAGGCAAAGUUUGACAAUGGAGGCAACCCGCCAUCCAGAGUUGUACACAUUCGCAGCCUUCCCAACGAUGCCGCCGAGACAGAUGUGGUACAACUGGGCCUGCCUUUUGGUAAAAUGACCAAUGUCUUACUGCUGAAGCAGAAAAAUCAGGCGUUCCUGGAGUUCCAAGACGAGUCGUGUGCAGUCAACAUGGUCUCUUACUUCAGAUCCAACGCCGCCCAGGUCCGCCUGAAAACUUGCUAUGUCCAGUUCUCCACCCACAAGGAACUCAAGACUGACAGCUCAAACUCACUGAACACCAGUGCUCAAGCAGCUCUGCAGGCCGCACAGGGGCUUCUGGGAGCCGUUGGUGGGGGCGGUGGCGAGACCACCAUCCUGCGAGUGAUUGUUGACAAUGUCCUUUACCCUGUCACCCUGGAGGUCUUGCAUCAGCUGUUUUCCAGAUUUGGGAAGAUACUCAAGAUCAUUACUUUCACCAAGAACAAUACGUUCCAGGCACUGAUCCAGUUUUCUGACCCUAUUUCUGCUGCAGCUGCUAAAGAUUCACUUGACAACCAGAACAUCUACAACGGCUGCAACACCUUGAAGAUUGAUUACUCCAGACUGACCAACUUGAAUGUCAAGUACAAUAAUGACAAGAGCAGAGACUUCACCCGGCCUGACCUACCCACUGGCGACAGUAUGGAUAAUGACAUGGGCUAUGGAGGUGGGCUCGGAGGCUUUGGUGGCGGACUUGGAGGCUUGGGCGGUGGACUUGGGGGUGCUGGUGUCCUUGGCUCUGGGGCCAAUGCAAUGGCGAUGGCAGGUUUAAGGGGUCUCGGGGGUGACUUCAACUUUGGUGGAAACCAGCUGGGCAACCGACUGGGCAACAUGGGUAACCUUGGAGGCAUGAACCAGUCAUCUGGCACUCCAGUUAUCCUAGUCUCUAACCUGGAUGAAGAGAAAGUGACGCCAGACGCUCUGUUUGUACUGUUUGGUGUGUAUGGUAAUGUGCACCGUGUGAAGAUUCUCUUCAACAAGAAGGACAAUGCUCUCAUCCAGAUGGCAGACCCAACACAGGCCCAGCAAGCCAUCACUUAUUUGGACAAGGCCCGUUUGUGGGGUAAACAGCUUCGCGUGGCUCCAUCCAAACACCAGAUGAUCCAAAUGCCUAAAGAUGGACAGUCUGAUGCUGGGCUCACCAAAGACUAUGUGAACUCGCCACAUCACAGGUUUAAGAGAGCUAGCACCAAGAACUACAUCUUCCCACCCACGGCUGUGCUGCACUUGUACAAUGUGGCCACACUGGAGGAAGAUGAUAUCCGCAGCAUGUUCUCUCAGUACGGGACCGUGAAGGCAUUCAAGUUUUUCAACAAUGACAGAAAAAUGGCUCUCAUCGAGAUGUCUACGGUGGAAGAAGCUACUCUGGCCCUUAUUCAUCUGCACAACUACCAGGUUGGAGACAACUUGCACAUGAGGGUGUCCUUCUCUCGAUCAACCAUCUAA